AUGGACGUUGUCGGGGGAAAGAUGACUGAUAACGGCAGGUUGUGUGCGUUCAUCACAAAAGUGAAAAAAGGGAGUUUGGCCGACACCGUGGGACACCUGCGGCCAGGAGACCAGGUUCUUCAGUGGAAUGGUUGUCUUCUUCAGGGUUCUACGUUCAACCAGGUCUAUGACAUCAUCCAGGACUCUCAGCACCAGCAGCAGGUCCAGCUGUUGGUGCAGCGUGACCUGGGACCAGAGGAGGGCGCUGCUGUGGAGCUGGGUGACCACAGCCGCCGCAGGACUAAGACCGUACGUAAGACCACAGAGCCGCGUUGGGCCCAGACUUUCAUCUUUGGACCAGUUCUGCUCCGAGACCUGACAGACCGUACUUUGGAAGUCACUGUUUGGGACCAGAACCGGGUCCAGGACCAGAUCUACGGCCAGGACCAGGCCUACGGCCAGGAAGAGGAGAACCAGCUGCUGGGACAGAUGAUCUCGUCUCUGAAGUCCGUUGAGUCCAACUGUGGAGACGAUGUGGAUCCUCAGGCUCUGAGCAGUAGGGCGUCCGUGGAUUUGGGGGCAGCUCCAGAGCAACCAGCGGAAGUGACAUCACCAGCAGUAGGCGGGGCCACGCUGCAAAAGAGCGAAUCCAUAGAGGGUGACGAGGAAGAGGAGGAACCUAACCUCAUUUUUCCCGGAGUGAAAAUCGCAGCAGAUAAAAACUUCACUGGUUUCCUCGACAACCUCGGGCCUGCCCAGGUCGCAGGCCGCCAGACCUUAGCCACACCCUCAAUGGCUGCCUAUGUGAAGGUGUAUCUCAUGGACAACGGGAAGUGUGUCCUGAAGAGAAGAACUCGUCUGUCAAGGAAAACUCUGGAUCCACUUUAUCAACAGCAGCUUCAGUUUGAGGAGAACCCAGAGGGGAAGGUCCUGCAGGUGAUCGUUUGGGGCGACUACGGCAGAAUGGACCAUAAAUCAUUCAUGGGAGCAGCUCAAAUCCUAUUGGACGAUCUCGACCUGUCCAACAUGGUGCUUGGCUGGUUCAAACUGUUUCCUGCAAUCUCAUUGGUUGACCCGGGGCUUGCUCCACUGACCAAUAAGGAGACAGAGGGAGCCAAGGCCUUCAUAACUCCCACCCCUGUCGCUCCGGCAACCCCUGCCAAAACCUGA